AUGACGCACGUCCGGCGCGGUCCGUGCACAGGGCCCGCCCCCGCAGCCAUGCCCGCCGGCGUGCCCUGGCCCACCUACCUGCGGGCGCUGGCGGCCAGCAUACUGGCCAUGUUCGCGGGGGCCGAGGUCGUGCACAGGUACUACAGGCCUGACCUUAGCAUACCUGAAAUACCUCCUAAGCGUGGAGAACUGAGAACAGAACUGUUGGGUCUAAAAGAAAGAUCAAGCGAAGUUCAGACUUCACAACAGUGACCAGAGUUUAUUUUCACUGGGAAAACUAGAACUGAUAAAAUAUUUAUCCAACUGGUAAAGUUGGGUAUGUGAAAUAUGUAUGUGAAAUACUAUAUACAUAAAAUAUGUAUGUGAAAUACUAUAUACAUAAAAUACAUAUGUGAAA